UGUGAGACUUUCCAGCGUGAUGACGCUUCCAUUGCAGUGAGGCUCAGGUGUAUAACGGGAACCGGAGAUGCUGGAGCUACUAACAAACGCUCACAAAACUACUGUUAUCGCAUUCGUGCAUUUUUCUACAUUUUAAUAUAACGUAAAGCAUUUCGCUUCCGGUGUAAGGGAGGCGAAAAUGAGGACGCAAAUGUUCAAGUGCUGCAUGCAGAGACCGCCGUUUCCUUUGAUGUCCGAGGGUAACGCCUCCAAAGAGAAAUACACCUAUCAGUGAUGGUUAUGGAACAUGAUGGACGUCCCCUCAGCCAAUCAGAGCCAGACACCCUGCCAGCCGUGGGCGGGUCAGAAGGACUGGUCCACAGCUUCACCUCCAAGACACCUCUUUGACCCUCUGCCCAGCUUUCAGCAUCUCAACCUGGGGUCUCCUUCUGAUUACACUCCCUGCUACAACCACCUCCAGAUGUCCAGCUCCAGCUUCCAGAGAGACCUCACCGCAUUUUCACCCAAUAACAACAAUGCUCAUAACAGCAUGUUAUAUGUUAAUAAUACUGACCACAGUGUGCAGCGAGUCAUUCCUGAUGUUUCAGCCACGAUUCCAGCUGCAAGCCAAGGAAGUAACAUGAAUGAAGACAUUCAUCCUUGUGACACCCAAUGGACAUCACUUCAUUCCCCUCACAACCCUUACCAAGCUGUAGCUCAACAUUUCCUGCAUCCCUACACACAUUUAGUAAAUGGACCUCAGUCACCACAUCAAAAUCAUUUGCCCGUUAGGCCUCCAUUAUAUGAAAACGAGAGUCCACAGUGUAUACCUCAGCCUGGAUUUGAGGGAGUAAAUGCCAGAUCAUCUGCUGUAUUUACUCACAAUCAUGCCUCACCCACCUCUCCCAUCCAACAACAGUCUCAGUGGACACUUCCAGCACACUCUGGAGAAAACAUAAACCAGUUUGUUCCCACUGCAGCUGCACAGGUCAAAAGCUUCACACCUCAGUCUCCUAAUUCUGAAUCCCGUUAUGGUCUGGACCCGGAGCUCCUGCCUAGCGUUGUGAAGGUGAUGAUGGAGGACAAGGCUGAGUGGGAGGGGAAGGUUUUUACCUCUGAGCCUUUUUCCAGUCUUCCUCCAUUGGCAACUACUUCCUGUAUCGUAGAGGACAGAGGUAAUGCAAGUCCUUUUGCCAUCCGCUCCACUUCGUACUGUGUGCCCUGUGAGGGUCAGGCCGCUCUGCUUAGCCGUCUGCCGCUGGGCGCUCUGAUCACCCCUCUGGUAAAACAAAGUGCUGAAGAGAAGCCUCUCCCACUGUGCAAAGAGACAGAGUGUGUUGUGGGCUGUGGGGGGUGUGGAGCUUCCAUGUGUCCAGCGAUGGGCUGGCAGGAUUGUGGUCAAAGGUUUUACUGCCCCUUCUGUGGCAAACUCAGUGAAGUACCAUGGCAGCACUACCAGCCUACCAAUGGUGUGAACGGGGUUCGGGUCGAUAAGGAGAAGAGGCCUGAACUCAGCAUGGGGUCAUAUGAAAUCCUCAAUUCUCAGAAGGGGGAAGCUGCUGCACUCCUUCUAGCCAUAGAUGUGUCUGUCUCAGCACUGAGAGGAGGACACUUGGAAUUUGUAACACAACAAAUACAAAUGCUGCUUAACUCUAUGAACAGGGAGGAUGGUGAUGCUUCAGAUGUCCGUGUUGGUUUGAUGACGUAUGACAGCAGGAUCCACCUCUACGACCUCAGUCCCGAACUGUCCCGCCCACACAUGCUGGUCAUCACAGAGACAGAAGACCUGCAGCUUCCUGUGAGGGAGGGACUUCUGGUGCCCCUCAAAGACUGUAUCAGCAGCAUCGAGAGCGUGUUACAACUCAUUCCUCAGUUCAACACAGAAGGAACUGACUCUGGUGGAGUUCCCAUGGAGCUGCCUGUCAAAGCAGGACUUGCUGUACUACAGGGUCUGGGUUGUCCUGGCAAGCUGCUGAUCUUCCAUACUACCUCUCUGAUAGAGACUGGACACACAAGCUCAGGCUUCUUUGGCACCAACAAACCAAAGUCCAUCUUCCAGCCAUCAGAACAGGCCGUGUCAGUGGUCAAGGAGUGCGUCCGUCAGGGAUGUGGUGUUCAUCUGUUUGUCCUCUCUCACCAAGAUGUGGGUGGGGCAUGGCCAGGCGACAUUCCAUAUUUGACAGGUGGAGCUCUGCACACUUACAGCCACCUCCAGGGAGAAUUGGACAGAGAGCGUUUCAGCACUGAUCUAAAGAGGACUGUAGAGACGCACACCGGCUACAAGGCUGAGCUCAGGAUAUUUGUCAGCAAAGAUUUACGCGUGUCCGGCUGCUACGGGCUGUUUGUUCCUGGUCCCAACCCUGGACGUGUCACCUUGGCCACCCUCGAUACGUGGACCACGCUGGCUGUGGAGCUCGCACACACCAGAGCUCUGGAUGAGACGAGGGGCGUAGCCAUACAGGUUGUUUUAUCUUACACCCUCCAGACAGGAGACCGGAGGACCAGGGUUCACACUCUGACUCUGCAGUGCUCACGUCAGCUACAGGACACCUUUCGUCACUACCAGGCCCAAACACUACUCACCUUCUACUGCAAGAAGAUGUACUGUGCAGUGCAGGAGCGCCCCCUGCAGGAGCUGAGGGAGGAGCUGCAGACGGAGGUUACGGAAGCGCUGGCGUCUUAUCGAAAACACUGCUGCUCUGCUUCAGUGUCCGCGGGGCAGCUGGUUCUUCCUCAGUACCUGCGAGCUCUUCCUGUUUACAUCAACAGCCUGAGGAAGAGUGAAGUACUGCUGCCAGGUCUGAGGAGCUCCAUCCAUCAGCGCCUGCAGCAGCGCUGCCAGGUGCUGUGCAUGGACACCUGCAGCACUGCCACACACUUCUACCCUCUGCUGCUGCCUCUGCCUUUAUCAGCUGAUGGCUCCAACCUUCCAAAACCAGAGGAGGCACUGCGCUGCUCUGCAGCUAGCCUGGAGCCCAGAGGUCUUUAUUUGGUUCAUACACCCCUCACGCUGCUGCUAUGGGUGGGCACCCAAGUCCCAGCAUGCACACUGGUUGAGCUCUUCAACACCAGCUGUUUUUCAUCCCUGCCCUCUGGAGAGACCAAGCUGCCAGUUCUGGAAAACCAUCUGUCCAUCAGUAUCCGAUCUCUGAUCAACACACUGAACUCAGGGGCAUCGUGCACCCGCAAGCUGUGGGUGGUAAAGCAGGGCGACAGCUGUGAGGAGGCCCUGCAGCGCCACCUUGUGGAAGACAAGAGCCCCAAUGGAGGCGCGUCCUACGCAGACUUCCUCUACCAUCUCCACGUCAACUCUGUCCGCCUGCUGCAGUGACACACACACAUAUUUUCAGAUGUGGAUACAAUGUCUUUAACACAAGACGAAACCACAGAGUGUCCACCUCAAACAACAAUCACAGGAGGAACAAACUGGAUACAUUAAUGUAAUCCAGUAAUAAGGAAAGUCUACAGUGAGAUAUAUAAGAGGUGCAUUUCAAACGAUGCAUAAUUUGAUUUGUUCAAGGACUGCUGUGAUAUUAUUUAUGUUUGUGUGACUUCUUUUGUUUUGAAUGGACCGUUCAUUUAUUCCUCUAUCAUGGAAAGUCUCUAAACUUUGCCUGAGAUUUUCGUGUAUGUGUGUCUCAGUGUGUGUGCGAUGCCCAGGAUCUGUUUCUGUGUGAGAAAUAUGUCCAAUAAAUAAAUGAACUCAGUCAAGAA